AUGGAUAGUCCAACCGUUCUAAGACCUGUUCGCUCUUACAGCGAGGUGGUCAGAGCAAGUAGCCCUGAAAACGACCCUCGGGUCGCUCAGGAGAGUAAAAUGUUGUUGAACCCGGUAGGGGGAGACAGUAAUAAAAACUUUGCUGAAAGUGAGGACGAGUGUGUCAGCCAUAAGAGAAAUCUGUACCUUCCAGCAGUGACAAGAGUGAUGACGAUCGCCUUGGAUAAAGGUCUUCUGCAAAGGAAGAAAUCAGGCCAAGACCCCCGAUAUACUCUCAACAUAAGAGAAAGCCCCGCCACGAAGGACACUGACCGUGGCGAAGGCACGUCCAAAGGAAAAGGAGCAGACCCCAGGAACUGGGGCGCAGCUCUAUUGGAUGAUGAGGACAUUGACCUCGAGGAGCAGCGCAUCACGUUGGAAUCCUUCAAAACAGCAAAGGAGUUAGCUAGUGAGACGGAAUCCUCCUCUGAAGAGGAUGAACCUGCCUACCUUAGGGACAGGGAAACCCAGGCAACCAAAGCCCCAGACAUCUUCAAACAGGCCAUCUUACAGCAGAAGGCCAUUGAUGCCGCUGUCACUAGGGCGGAGCAACGACUUCAUAAGGAGUAUGAGGGGAAAAUGAAAAAACUCACCGCCCAGGUAAAGACCCUGCCCGAGCAAACCAAGGGAAGGACCACUGAUCCAGUGGGAGCCAUGGUGGAUAAAGUGGUGAAGCCUACCUCUGAUAAAAGGACGCAGAGGGCGACCCCACAAGCCAUGGAACCCAUGCGGCAGGUGGCGCCUAAAUCCUACAUCGGCCAAGCCAUGGGGUGGCUGAGGAAGGGCAAAGAUGACGAUGGCGAUGGGGAGGAUUCGUUCGAGCUCCAGCUCAGGACUCGGAAACAUCUAGCUCUUCGAGCUCUAGUAGUGAUGACACUAGGAGGAAACGAAAGAAAUCUUCUAAGAAAAAGACCAAGCAGCAUGAAAACGAAGCGAUGCUUCCAAAAUGACAAACCUGUUCGAGACUACAUUUACAAGCUCAACAAGCUGUGGAACAUGAUUGGGGAUGUUGACGAGCGAGACCGAAGAGAGCUCUGGAAAAAGGAGCUGAAUCCGGAAAUAUCUACCUUCAAGGAGGUGCAGGCUGCGGCCGAAAUCAUCGAGAUCGCCCAUUCUGUACCUGUGGGACGGGAACGUAAGACAGGAAAGAGGGACAAGGAGAGCCACACUGAGAUUGGCAGCUCUGCUAUCUCCCCACAGCACCCUAACCCCAGAAAGGACAGAAAUGGGGCCAGGUACCAACCUCAAACUGAAUCUGGGGCUAAACGGCCCCGCCAGGACCCAAAGGGCCCACAGGAACACCGAAGGCAGGAAGCCCAGAGACCCCUGAGGACGGGGAACACCCUCAGUGCCGAUGAGAAGGCGAGAUUAAGUGCUGAAGGGAGGAUGAACCUAGCAGUUCGAUUUAGAGAUCCCCUGGCUCGAAGGGCCGAGGAUCGAUUGCAAGGGCUGAAGUUUCCCUGGGAUGGAGCGGAUGGCCAACUCCAUUUGACAGCUUGGGACGACCCAGAUCGAUUCUGGGUGCACAAGCUUAAGGAUAAGGACACCUAUGCGGUCAAGGAUCAUCAUCACUGUAGGUAUGGACCUGAGAUGAUGGAGAUACCCCGGCGGCAGCUGGAAGACCCACACUUCUGCAUAGACAGGGCCUACUGGCUGCACCUGGGGUGGUACUUUGCCACGGUGUGGAAUAAGCACGAACUGCGGAAGCAGGAAAAACGAUGCUGUGGUGACAAGAUAUGGCUGGGCUCAAGAACGUUCGACCCUAAAGGAUCUCUGACUAGACUCAGGCUCAAAGAAAGAGAGUGGAGAAGGUACUCCAAGUCAAGGCUGCCCAUGGGCACCCCAAUUGAGGACCGUGUCAUGUGGUGGCUGGAGGAAUACAUAGCCCCUACAGAGACCCAUUGGUCUUCAAAGACAGACCAGCGAUUCAGCUGCAUACGAAUCAGCAAGGAAGCAUACCAAGUGAUGGACCACGCCCUCGCACUGAACACGCUGCUCCCAUGGAAGACAGUCCGGCAAUGGCAUUGGAGCCUGGCACAUUGGUACCAGCGGCAGUUGAACAAAGUGUCACUACAGUUAACCAAGCACCAUGACACAAUGUCUAGACGGCGUGCCAGGCGAUCUGCUCAACCUCGCAGAGAGAGUUAG